GUGUGUGUGCAGGUGAACUUUGUGGUGUGUCAGCUCUGUGCUCUGCUGUCGGCCUUCUGGUUUCGUCUCUUCCUCCAUCCCAGUAAAACCAGUCCCUUCAUCAGACACAUGGUGGCGACUCUACUGGGACUCUACUUCGCUCUGUUCUGCUUUGGAUGGUACGCACUUCACUUCCUGGUGCAGAGCGGACUCACCUACGGCAUAAUGAUCCUGACUGGAGUCGAACACAUGCACAAAUAUUGUCUCCUGGUGGCUCUCAGCUAUCUGAGUCUAUGUCAGAUCACUCGAGUCUACGUCUUUGACUACGGCAUGUACUCGGCUGACUUCACCGGACCCAUGAUGGUGAUCACACAGAAAAUUACCAGCCUGGCAUUUGAAAUCCACGAUGGAAUGGCUCGAAAAGAGGAUCAUCUGACCCCAGGACAGAAGAUUUUGGCGAUAAGAAGGUUUCCCAGUCUGCUGGAAUACUUCAGCUACAACUGUAACUUCCUGGGGAUCCUGGCUGGACCCACCUGCUCCUACAAUGACUACAUUGCCUUCAUUGAGGGAGACCCCCGUCGCCACAGAGACCAGGGCGCUGACGGGAAGUCCAGUGUCAAGCGGAGGCAGAGCGAGCCCUCGCCAAAUACUGAGGUCGUCCGUAAAGUGACAACUUCCUUCUUCUGCCUCCUGGUCUUUCUGUUGGUGUGUAAAGUUUUCCCUGUGGAACGAAACAUUGACGACGACUUCAUCUCCAACACAACAUUCUACUCUCAGGUGGUCUACCUGUACCUGUCCAUGUUAACCACCAGACCCAAGUACUACUUUGUCUGGACACUGGCUGAUGCCAUCAACAAUGCGGCAGGUUUCGGUUUCAACGGUUACGACAGUGACGGUUCUCCUCGCUGGGACCUGAUCUCCAACCUGAGGAUCCUGAACAUCGAGUUUGCCACCAGCUUCAAAGUUUUCCUCGACAACUGGAACAUUCAGACGGCUCACUGGCUGAAAAGAGUGUGUUACGAGCGAUGUCCCUACCACCCAACAGCAGCCACCUUCAUCCUGUCAGCCAUGUGGCAUGGAGCGUAUCCAGGUUACUACCUCACCUUCCUCACCGGCAUCGUCAUCACACUGGCUGCCAGAGCGGUCAGACACAACGUUCGGCCGUACUUCCUUCAAUCACCAUCCCAUAAACUGGUCUAUGAUGUCAUCACAUGGGCGGCCACUCAGAUCGCCAUUUGCUACACAGUGGUGCCUUUUGUCCUGUUGUCCGUUGGUCCAUCAAUAAAGUUUUACAGGUCGUGGUAUUUCAGUCUCCAUAUUGGCUGUGUUCUGUUGGCUGUGGCAUUGCCAGUGAAACGGAGACAUCUCCACCUCAAAGACCGGCAGAGAAAAAUCCCUCAGGAGCCACUUCAGCACCCCCUGGAGGCUAUAGAAAGUAACUGCAGCCAGAAGGAAAGAAACACAUGAGAGAGAGAGAGAGAGAGGAGAAAGAGCAAUCGUGUAAAACAUUAUAUUUCCAUUCAGUUGUUUAGAAAGAGGAGGUGAGCCUCAUCAAGCUGAGCUUCCUCCAGAUUCUGCGAUACAGAAACAUGAUGGUCAAGUAAAAAUACUGUAUUAUUUAGACUCAUGGGGCAAAUGGAUACAAAGAACAGGCCAUGAAAUUAUUUUCUCAUAAACGACUGCCAGGAUAGCAUCUAUAUGUACUGAACUAUCAUGGCCACCUAGGUAGUGUUACACUGACUCCAUUUUGUUUGUGGUCAGAAAGCUACUGACUGUCCAUCUGCAGGAAGGAAUGAAGAAAAGGAGGAAUAAGUGAAAGGAUAAUUUGGACAACAGUUGAACAAAUGAUUGUAGAUGUUAUAUGAAAAAACAGAAUGAAGAAGUGAAGAGUAAAUUAGUUGAGUGAAAACGAGUCAGGUGAUGGGAUGAAUGAGCAGGUCAGUGAGUUACUGCAUCAAUGAGUAAAUGAAAGAAACUGAUGAAAAGGAUGUUUUCUCCUCUACAUUGAUCUAAACUGAAAGACAGUCAUUGUCUCACCAUCACAGUAUUCAGACAAAUCACUUUUGGAGAAAGUGCCAAUGAUUAUUUUACUCACCUUUGCUCUUACGUUUUGUACGAGACAAAGAAAAUAUUCACUCUGUCCUGAGUGGUGACAGCGACGUCGUGUUUACAUUUGUAGAUGUCAUGUAGUUAUUUAUGUGACCAAUCUUUCUGAUGAGGCAUCAAUUAUUAAGGCUUAAUUGGCGGCUGUAAUUAUUGGCUGAUAAUAAUUAAUAAUGAUAAUAAUGAAUGCUAACAAAUACAUAAUUUACUAUUGUUUUAUAUCACUAAUGUAAAAUUGACAUUCUUCAUUUACACUAUUUAAAGUUUUACAGCCACUAAAAAUCUAUGUUAAGAAAUGGUUCUACCAGAAUAAGUCUGCAGUUGUACAUGUUAAUAUGAAGUAUACAUACAUAUUCCCGUAUAUAUACGUACUGUAUGUAUGCACAUUUUAAAUAUAAUACAUCCUGCAGCUGUUUUUUUAACCCUUCUAACGUGUUUAAUGAAGUAGGCUAAAAACAAAAGGUCUGAUUACUAUGGGCUCAUCUGUGAAGCAGUAAAUUAUUUAUCAACCAUUAAUAAAGUUGCUAAUUAUCACUCAUUAACUCUCAAUAAAUGGGGCCUUAACAAGUGGUACCAUGUUCUUUAUGUAAUUCAAACAGAUGUGUGUUGUUGAUGUUCAGAGUCCGAACAAGGGAAAGCAAGUGUAACAAAAUUUAUGAAAUUUGUUCAAACUGUGAAAUUCUAAUGUUCAUGAUGUGAUGAGAAAUGCUUCUUUUUUUCUUUUUUUUACCUUUCCAUACAUUCAGCAAUUUUCCCAUGUGGUUGAAUGAAGUUGUUAAAUAGAUUGA